UUGAAAAAUAUAUAUUUUAUGUAAACAGUCAAGAAAAAUUGUAAAUAAGAAGAAAAAAUAAAGAAAAAAAAGUCCCAAAAAAAUUUUGGAUAAAGAGAUAAAAUAAAUGUUUGCGCACAGAAAUAACUUACUUUAGUUAACUUGAGAUCACUUAACACAGAAAAUGUUGGAAGAGAAAAAAUGACGAGAAUCUAAGCUGUGGCUGGUUAUAACAACUUUCUCUACUAGCUUAAAUAUAUUUCCAAUCUAUAUUUUAAAGCUUAUCUAGUGUUAAUAUUUUUAGAUAUUAAAUAAUUAUAUUUAAUUAAUUAAUUAAAAAAUGGCUGAUGAUGAUAUUGAAGCAAGAAAUAUUCUCUAAAAUUUCAAAAAUAAUUUUUAAUUUACAGCAAAAACGCAAAAAUGAUGAACGGGAACGUAAAAAGGCCGAAGUGCGUAAACGCCUGGAAGAAGCAGGGAGAAUGAAAAAGGCUAAAAAGAAAUUAUUAAUGAUGAAGGCAGCAGAAGACUUGAAGAAACAACAAAUGUUAAAAGAACAAGAACGCCAAUCAGUGCUAAAUGAAAGAAUUGUGCCUUUACCCGAGUUGGAGUCUAGUGGGGAAGAUGAAUUACAACGAAUCUCCAAGGAAUUCGCAGAGAGUGUAAUUAGGUUGGAACGGGAAAAGUAUGAUUUAAGCUACACUGUUCGACAAAAGGAUUUUGAAAUAAAUGAAUUGACUAUUGCUGUGAACGAUUUGAGGGGAAAAUUUGUAAAGCCAACAUUAAAGAAAGUCUCCAAAUUUGCCAAAUUAAAAACAAAAGAAGGACAGAAGGUUGAUUUCCGUAAUAACCUUAAAACGGUGGAGAAAAAGCAGUUUGCUUUGGAAGAGGAUGAGAAGAUUAAAGUAGAAUGGAGUAAAAAUUAA